CCUACUUCUAUUUGUUUUAGCAAUAGCAUUUGCAUUAAGAUUUCAAAAAAAAAAAAAAUAAUAAUAAUGUCUUUACCUUUCAGCACACAGCUAGAGGACACAAUGCCUGAGGUCAAGUCAAUACUGAGAGAAGUUCUGCCUAAACAAGGGCAGCUUUCCAUGGAAGACGUCCCAACCAUGGUUCUGUGUAAGCCAAAGUUGCUGCCACUCAAAUCAGUCACCCUUGAGAAACUGGAGAAGAUGCAGAUGGAGGCUCAAGAGGCUGUCAAACAGCAGGAAAUGGCAAUGAAGGAGCAGGAGCAGCAGAUGCCCAGUUGAGGAUUUGAAACAGGACAAAGUGACUUCAGAUGGAGAGCGGAGGACCAGUCUAUUAAACGCUAGUGAGAAAGCACUUUUGGGCAGUGAUGCUCGAACUUCCUGACUUUUGGCUUCAAACUAACCAAAGAA